AUGGCUACAACCAGAUCUCUUAAACACAAUUCUGAUCAAGGAGGUAAAAAUAGUAAAUCAUAUAAAGCUUGGAUUACUCUAAUUUAUGGCUCAGAAGAUUCGGAUACUAGCAAUAAUUCAAGUCUUAGUAGUGAUAACGAAGCUGAUAUACUAUUAGCAAGAAAUCGUCAACAAUGGCAGUAUGCACAUCGAAAAUUAGAAGAUUCUAAUUCUGUAGAAUACAUAUCACCUGUAAAUUGUUUUGGGCUCUUAGAAAGAGCCCGAGCUGCUAUUUUUUUGUCUAUUAAUGAAUUAUGGAAUUCAUCUAAUAUAAUAGGUUUAAAGGCUUCUAUUUUAGACCCCCAAGCAUUAAAAUUACUUCCAUUUGCUACAACUCAAAAAUGGAAAGGGACUGAAGCCCAAGUUCGUGCUGAAUUAUUGUUAUUUGAAAAUCAAAUGAAUAUUUUAAGUAGUGCUGAAAUAGAAAAAAGUAUAGUAACUAUUAGUAAAGAUCCUCAAGAUUCUCUAAGUGCCGAAUUAUAG